UCAAGUUUUCACGGGGCAAUUUGUGCAGCCGGCUGCGAAACACAGCUUCGUUGCCGGAGUAUCUGUUAGUGAUUGAGAGAUAAAUAAUAUUGUUGGAGUAAAUAGUAAUAACCGUUGAAUGCACUAUCAUGUGCUACAAUAAAUAGAUUAAAUAUUGUUUUAUUCAGAAAGAAGGAAAAUAGACGCGAAACAGCUGGUUUGUUUACAUCGCUACAGAGGAAGCCUGGCAACAUUUUUUUAUUUUUAUUUUUUUCGUUUUCUCUUUUUAAUAGAAAAAAAAUACACCAAUGAAUUUGUCAGUCGUCAGAGGACUCUAUCUUGUUCGUUUUUAUGAGAUGAUGCAGAUGCUAGUGAGCCAGCGGUUGCAUUUCUCAAGUGUGAAUGUUAUCGGGUGAAACUAGCCGAUUGCUCAGCAAGCAGCCGUGAAUUGCCCCGUUUGAUUUUAUCGCACGUGAUUGCCACAAUGAAGUUUGCUUGGACGCGAGAGUCUGAGGAACUACUACUGGAGCAGGUACGGGAUCAUCGUAUUGUGUGGGACCCUAAACAUGUAGAUUACCACAGGUUCAAGCUGAGGCAAGAAAUUUUCUCCCAGAUUGCUGAUACCAUCAGGGAGCAGUUUCCAGAACUUAAGCAGCUUAACGGAGAACAUGUGCGGUUGAAAUUCAAGAAUAUUAAGACAUACUUCGUAACAGUCUACCGAAAGAUUCAGAAAACAUCAGAUGGGUCUGCUAAACAUCCCCCACAGAAAUGGCAUUUAUUUGAGGAAGCCAUAUUUUUGGCUGACAGCAUGUUAGAUACCAAUGAUACAACUAAAACUGUUGCCUUGUCUGAUACUGAGCAGCAGUCAUCUGACUUGAAGAUGCCAGCAUUGAAUUUAGUACCUGAUGGCAUGUUGACAAAGGAGGAGAGGGUUCCCAGUCUUGUUUCAUCAGAGCCACAGGUUGUUAUCACCAGUGGCUUUGAAGUUUCCAACCCACUGUCAUCUGGGUACAGUAGUGGAGCAGAUGCUAUGAACAUUCCAUCAGAUGGAUCCAUUCAAGAACCAUCCCUCGCUGUUAGCAAUGCUGAUAAACUUACAGUGAAGCCUUUAGAAACAAUGAGAAGGAAAAGACCAUCAAAUGACAAUCCUGAUAUUGACACUUGUGUAGUUACCUUAAGAAACUACAUUGACCAAAAAAAAUCUGUGUCUGUAGAGGCUUCAAGUAUGGGAAGGCUUGUAGAAUCUUCUAUUGAUAAACUCCCUUAUGCCAAACAAAUAUGGUUCAUGCAAAAACUGGUACAACUUAUUGCAGAAGCCAAUGACAUACCAACAACAAAUGUGUAAGAGCCUAGGUCUUGCACACUACAUUUUUAUAGCCAUCAUGAAUAUACUGUAUGUUCACUUA